ACCACCCGUGCUGCAAUUCGCCUUCAAUCGUUAAUUAGAAGUCACUCCUACAAGAGCGUGUUCCCUGAGGCAGAAGUGCGCACUGUAGCCUGCUAUUCACAUGCACAGGUCUAUUGAAUCAGCACCUGGAUCCAGCGAGGACAAAGCAUCAGAAUCGAGCUGUUUGGAUGCAGCUUUAGUAUUAAAUGUAACGUUGAAGGUGGUUUUAUUUCCUUCACGGAUGAAAGCUGAAGAAAAAGUUGGCACUUGCGGCAGACUCCUUUGCGUAAAGGAUCGAAUCUGAAUCAUGUAUUGCACAGAAUCUCGGCUCAUUUAGGAUUAAUUCACAGGAGAGAGGCGCAUCUCCACCUCACAGGAUGCGAGACGCGCGCUGAGGGUUUUUGGGCAGGGGGGGAACAAACUUGCGCAAAGAGCUUGAUUCUGCACAAGUAUCGAUCACUUGUCACAAGUAGUGGAUUGACACAAUGGCAGCCUUACGGAAGAAAUUUGGUGAGGACUACCAGGUGGUUAACACUAACGAGGCCAUGACUUUUUCCGCACAGGUGAAGAGGAAGAGGCAGCGGUUCGUGGAGAAGAACGGCCGUUGCAAUGUCCAGCACGGUAACCUUGGCGGGGAGACCAGCCGAUACAUCUCCGAUCUCUUCACCACUCUGGUGGAUCUGAAGUGGCGCUGGAACCUUCUUAUCUUCAUCCUCACUUACACAGUAGCGUGGUUGGUCAUGGCUUCAAUGUGGUGGGUUAUCGCCUUCAUCCGCGGCGACUUGAGCAACGGCGGCCACGAAGACUCCUACACCCCGUGCGUCGCCAAUGUGUACAACUUUCCCUCCGCGUUCCUGUUUUUCAUCGAGACGGAAGCGACAAUCGGCUACGGCUACCGCUACAUCACUGAAAAGUGCCCGGAGGGUAUCAUCCUUUUCCUCUUCCAGUCGCUGCUGGGGUCCAUCGUGGAUGCCUUCCUUAUCGGAUGCAUGUUCAUCAAGAUGUCGCAGCCGAAGAAGCGCGCAGAGACGCUGAUGUUCAGCCAGGAAGCGGUCAUUUCGCAGCGGGACGGGAAGUUGUGCCUCAUGUUCCGAGUGGGGAACCUGCGUAACAGCCAUAUGGUGUCCGCGCAAAUCAGGUGCAAACUCAUCAAGUCUCGGCAAACCCCAGAGGGCGAGUUCCUGCCCCUGGACCAGUGCGAGCUGGAUGUGGGUUUUGGGACGGGGGCGGACCAACUCUUUCUGGUGUCGCCUCUUACCAUCUGCCAUGAGAUCAACACCAAGAGCCCGUUCUUUGAUCUGUCGCAGCGCUCACUCAUGAAUGAGGAGUUUGAGAUUGUUGUGAUCCUCGAGGGCAUCGUGGAAACCACUGGGAUGACAUGCCAGGCGAGGACAUCUUACACCGAAGAUGAAGUCUUGUGGGGCCAUCGUUUCCUCCCCGUCAUGUCACUGGAGGAGGGCUUCUUCAGAGUGGACUACUCCCAAUUCCACAACCACUUUGAGGUCAAUACGCCUCCCUACAGUGUCAAAGAGCAGGAGGAGAAGUCCUCUCUGACAACGCCAAACUCGCUCCCUGCCGCGCCUACCAGCUCCUCUCCUCAGCUGGGAAACAGUGGCCGUGGAGGUCGCAGAGAAAGGCUCCUUUCAGCUGACUAUGCAGACCACGUAGAUGACAAAGCAUCCAGGCUACCGAGCAAACUCCAGCGCAUGAGCUCCACUAAAGAUGAGUACCACUGGCGGGGACUGAAGACAGGGUCAGUCUUGCCUGGGGGCAAGGCCUCCAGCACAGGAGACCUUCCACUUAGUAUUCAGAGGCUGAGGUCUAGCUCCAUCCCCGUUGUGAGGAAAGAACAGCUGGAUGAGCAGGUCCAGCUGCUUUCGAUGGAUGGAGAUGUUGGGGAGUGUGAGAUGGAUAAACAAAGACUGCCAACAGCCAUAAGCACCAUUUUUGCUCCAACCCCGGCCCCAGUUCAGAUUCCCUCAAAAGGGGGUCGGCCAGAGGACAACCUGCCCGCCAAACUGCGCAGAAUGAACGCUGACCGCUGACUUCUGCAGACUACUUUUAAGACGUUUUGAAAUUAAAUCAGGCUCGAUGGGCAUUGCAUAUAAACAAAGACUACUGUGAUACAAGUUUUAUUUUUUUCAGCAGAUUUUGGCCAGUAUUUUACAUUUACUUAGGGGGUCUCUUCUUAGUUGUCCAUUGCCACAAAUAGAAGGACAACGCCAAUAAGCCAUCCAUCCGCUCAUACUGUGAGUCAUUUUUGAUAGAUCACCAUCUGUGCCCCCCACUGACUUUAAACACCUCCCUUGUGCUUGUUUCGUUCACUUCGGUUCUUAGAGUUGCAUUAAAGACUUUCUUUUCUUAAAAGACAGUACCCGUUUAUUACCAAAGUGGCAGUAAUAAAUAAGGCUUAUUGACCAUUCGCUAAACCCCUCCUCCAAACAGCGAUUGUCCAAUCAGUAACCAGGCACUGCAAGUCUGUCAAGUUUGGGAUUUCUAUUUCUCAAGCGUUUUACAUUGGGCUUUUUGUGCCCCUUUUCAUUUUUAAUGGGACAUAAGGGAAGAUUUGCAGGAUGUUGUGAACUUUCAGGCGAUGCAGGACAUACCAGGGAUGUGAAAAGGGGUGUGGUCAGGAGACAAACCUUUCUAACUUUGUUCAAACAAGGGCCAAAUUUAGUGAGUCCACUUAAGUUUCUAUAUAAGAGUAAUACCUCUGAAUUUUAAGAGUUUGGACGUCUGAGAAACUGUGUAUACAUGUGCUCUAGUCUCAAAUGCACAGGUGCAAAUGUUAGCAUGUACCAUAGCAUACCUGCAUCACUAAAUUACUUCCAAGGUUAAGGAGCACGAUUAUAUCUGAAUGCCUAAUAGUAGUUUAUGGGGUUAACAGGUCACCAAAAAACCUUCACAACUAGCACAUUCCACACUGUGUGAAGGCACUGGAAACCCGGAGUGUAUGCUAACAUGUACCACCCCAUUCUGCUUAACUAGUGUCGUUGCUGACUUUUUACAGGGACGUAUAAGCUUUACCCUCACUGUUUUAGCACAAUAUCAUGUAUGUUGAAACCAGGCGCAUAUUUACGAACUCUUUAAAUGAUUUUAAUAAGAAGCGGUUUGAAAAAUCAGCAGAAGACAGAAUAUUCAGCUAACGGAGCUAAUGUUAGCUCAAUUCGCUAACUAACGUAAAGCUGGAAAAAAUACAUGGUUGCCAGCUACAAAUGAGACUUCUGCAUUUGUCUACCUCUGGAGUGUAAAAUUAAGGACCAUUGUUUAAAUACAAAUAGGAAUUUCAAUCUGCCAUCAUUGUAAAUAAUGAGAUUAAAAGUUUGACAGACAAAGCAGGGUUUAGCUAGCGGUCAAUCCAACUGAAAUGAAAACCCUAAAACAAGUUGAUACACUAUAGGUUGAUACAUUAUAUUUAUUUAUCACUCGUGCUGAAUAUUUGUUUGUUUGAAUGCCUAUUUGAUUUGUAUCUUUACUACUGUACAAUUUUAACUAUUUUUACCCCUGGGUGCAGUGUGUGCGUUUGCAUUGGCUCGUUAUAAAAAUGGUUGACAAAAUGUAAUCCUAGAUUAAUUUACAACUCUUUGAUCAUGAACUGAUUUAUUAAAAUGUAAAACAAAUAUUUGGGAAUCCAGGGUUGCUGAC